AUGUUGCAUCCGAUUGGAUCGAAUGUCGAUACGGGAAAUGUGGAUGGUUUAAGUGUACAGGUGGAUGAUUCGGAAGAGAACGAAGAAGAUAACGGUCAGAAGAUGGCACCGAAGCCGUAUGAUGAUCUCUUCAUUGAACCUGCUGAUGACUACGACGUGGUUUAUGGAGACUACAAUUCUACGAUGGAAGAUGGGACGUCUACCUCGAAACGACCUUAUAUUCGACUGAACUCGUUUUUGAGUAACAUCACAAAAAACUCGGGACAGGAAGUUCGGUUCAAAUGUGAGGCAGCUGGUAACCCGUUACCUUUGCAUUUCACGUGGUUGAAGAAUCAUGCACCGGUGGAGAAGAAUCGCAAGACGCGCAUAAAGAAUCGAGAGUAUUGGUCGAGAUUGAUAAUAACGGAUUUAGAUGUGUUAGAUAGUGGAUAUUAUCAGUGUGUCGUGAAAAAUAGUGUAGCGUCCGUGAAUACAACUGCGGUGCUCAGGAUUAAAUCCUCAAUCAAUCAAUGCAGUGCCAUUGGCUCAAGCUGUAAUGCAACUGUUUCAUCAUUUCAUCAUUAUAACUGGGGUUGGGUCGGAUCGGGUUGGGGUCUGCGAGAGGAGCUCAGGCCUUCGACUCUAGUAAACAAUGUUCAGGAUAGUGGUGCGCAUCCCAAAAGUGUUCAUAAAUUAAAGGGAUCCAAACCGAAGAUAUCGAACCAUUUCGAUAGUGACCCAGACGAGGAGGAUUACUUUGACGAGGAUUUAGGAGUUUCAUCGUCAAUGUCGGGUGGUUUAGGACGUCUUCCGAUUGAAGAGGAUGAUGAGUUCAACCCGUGGGAAGUGCCGAGUUCAGCCGCUGGUCAUGGCUAUAUCCCAGUGCAGUCGUCUCGUAACGACCGAUGGCUGGAUGGAUUGAGUCUGCGCUUGAACGAGUGUGUCUUGUACAGGGGUGAUGCGUGUUCGGAUUUCUUGAACGGUCGUUUCAUUCGAAUCGUUAGUGAGAGCCGAGAGGAUAUGUAUGAUCUCGAUCGCAAUCUUCGAGCCGCGAUGAUGUUCAUCAAUAAUAGUCCAGAUAUUUCGUCAGAAUGUAAGAAGUAUUCACACGCAGUUGCGUGUUAUCAUAUGUAUAAAGUUUGUGAUAAGUCUUUGCUAUCAGCCCAUCAAUCUCAGCAUUCUGAAGUCAAUUUAUCGACUCAGAAUCAAAUCAUCUCGAUUUGUCGCAAGGAUUGUUACGCUUUACAGACCGAGGUUUGCCCAAAAGAGUUAGCAUUGGCCGCAGAGCACGACCUGGUUGGUGAAGAGCCGAAGGCUUUAUUCCCUAAAUGUGAUUCGUUGAACGAGAACGCACAAUAUUGCAUCUCGAUCAUUAACGCUUUCCAAAAGCAAACGUCGCCGUCGUCACCAAAAGUAAAUGUGUUGGAUAAACCAGAUGCGGGUAUUUUGUCGAUAACCGAUGACAAUCAUAUGGUACCACAUUGGUGUUACGUUGAUAGUGGAAAGAGUUAUGAGGGAACGGUUUCGAUUACGAAGUCGGGUAAACGGUGCAUGAAUUGGUCACAGAGCACAUCGAGUGCAAUGAACAGUGCAUACUAUCGUAAACUGAACGGUAUUUCAACGCCAAUAACUGCACCUCAACCCAAUGGGUGUGCGGCUUUUGAGUUAUCUUCGCUGCUGACAUCAAAUAAUAACAAUAAUAAUACCGGAUCCACAUUCAUCCAACACCAAGCAAUACCGUCAGCGUCAACUUAUGCACAAUACAGUCCAAGACCCUCUACCGAACCACCUCUCGAACCGUACCAAAUCCCCGAAAUACAACCUAAUCAGUUGCAAAUAGGUGAGUUGAUUGGAGAGGGUCAGUUCGGUGUAGUACAUAGUGGUAAUUGGCACGGCUCAUUGAUUAGUGGUGAACCUCUGCAGAUAGCAAUAAAAUGUUUGAAAACAACGAACAAUAAAGCGGAUCGAUCGAAUUUUGAAGAGGAAAUACGUACGAUAGCUUCGUUUGAGCAUCCGAAUGUGAUACGUUUAUUGGGAGUGUGUUAUUUCGAUUCGCAGCAGAUCAGUGCCAUUUUCGAUUAUAUGAUUCAUGGAGAUCUGCACGAAUUCUUGAGGUUGAGGGCACCGAAAUCUGUCGGUUAUGACCAAUCAGUUGAUGAAGAACGAAUCGCUGCAGAUACUGAAGACUUCUUGAGGAUUGCUGUACAGAUUGCAUCUGGGAUGGCUUAUCUGGCGGAUUUGAGUUAUGUACAUCGCGAUUUAGCAACACGAAAUUGUUUGGUUGGUGAUCAGCGUAUAAUCAAGAUUUGUGAUUUUGGUGGGAUGAAGAGUUGUUAUGAGAAGGAUUAUUAUAAGACGGUGCAUCGAUCAUGGAUUCCGGUUAGAUGGUUGUCGAAAGAGGUGAUUCAACAAGGCCGUUACACAGAAGCAAGUGAUGUUUGGGCGUUUGGAGUGACCCUUUGGGAGAUUUAUUCUUACGGCAAACAGCCAUAUGAAGGCUAUUCGAAUAGCGAGGUUAUCGAGCUGAUAUCGAUGCGUUCUUUGCUGGAAUGCCCACAGAAUUGUCCGACGAACAUCUACAGUAUGAUGAUAGAAUGCUGGCAUGAACAUGCAGAACGUCGACCGACAUUCUCUGAGUUGCAUAGCCGUCUGCAGACAUGGUCGUUGACUUCAACUAUAACGGGGCAUAACAAUCGAGCGAACAGCACGCAUUCUGGAUCGAGUGCAGCGAACCGUGGUAGUAAGCAGUCAUCGUCAGGUCAAAGUUCAUCGAUAAUUCGUCAAGGAGGUGGUGCAAUGAAUGGAGGUACAACCUCAGCAGGUACGGCUCAAAGUCUGAGCACCGCCGGCUUUUCGGUACCGUCUCCAGCUCCGAUGCAAACAAUGAUGACUCUGAAUGGCGUACAUCCGUAUCAUACAAACGGCAACACUACGAAUGCUGGGCAACAAAUUGGUGGUCCAUCGACAAACUUGGGUCGAUCGCCUCCGAAAACAGGCCGAGCGAAUCGAUCGGAUUCCUCGCCUCUGAUGCACCAUCGCCAGAUCGCAACGAAUGGUACGAAUGGAAACAAUAAUUACUAUACAGAAGACGAUGAUGUGGGUAGUGAAGAAUCAGAUUAA